UACUAUUUAUUGGUCCAUUAAUGGCCUAUCUGGAUGCACCCAAACUGAGGAAUUUGGAAUCAAAACAUCUUUAGAAUUGAUUGUGAAAGAGAAUGUCAUCGCGACCGUGACAAUUCGGUGUGUUUGUAAACUUACUGUGAUCAGAAUGUAAACAGUUUACAGUUUAUUAGUAAUAAUUGGAGAAAAUGGAAAGCAUCGAGUGAAAGAUAAAUUUAACCUGGUUAAUCAGAAGUGCGACGUUUCGCAAGGUUCUUGUCAGUUGAUCAUGGGGGUCGCUUAAAGUGCUAACAAGUACUUAACAAUAAUGAGCACAAUGAAAAAUUUGUUUGUAAUAAUGCGCGAUAAGUAUUAUUUCAUGGGAUGAGUUCCUCUCCUUUUUCGGUGUCUCUCUGCGUUAUUCGCGUCGAGGUUAUUGACGAGGAUUCUGAAAAAUCGAAUGUGGAUUUCGUAAUCCAGGCACAAUGACUGCCAAGAUGAGGGGUCGCAGAGAACCAACAAAGAUAAAUACAGAGAACUGCACGAGUUUUACUGAGAAGCCAGAUCUAUCUCAUGCUUCUCAGGGAACUAGCAUAUCUGGCUCUACCUCUAGAGCUAAUUCAGAAGAAGCUACUUAUGAUAAUUCAGAGGUUGCUGGUGCAAGUGCAUGUGCCUGUGAUCAAAUCAGUUUUAUCUCUGGAAACCCAUUUGUUGAAGUGACCAAGGGAAUUAUACAUUUAUACAAAGAAAACAAAUUAACAGACAUACGUCAUGCAGCAGAGCGUACCCAAACUAUCUGCAUUCUUGCAGUCCCAGCUACAAUGACCUGUCAUGACCUUUUAAGGUUUACAGCCCCUUGCCACCAAGAUGUUAGGCAUUUUAGGAUACUUAGAGAUGGUAGUCCUAAUCAAUACAUGGCAUUGAUUACCUUUAAAUCUGCAAAUGCAACAACAGAAUUUUAUGGUUCUUUUAAUGGCACUCCAUAUAAUUCUUUUGAGCCAGAUGUUAUCUGUCAUAUGGUGUUUGUGUAUAGUGUAGAAGUAACAUAUAAUGCUAUCCCUUUGUCUGGCCACACAGAAUUACCACUUUGUCCAGUUUGUUUAGAAAGAAUGGACGAGAGUGUUGAUGGAAUUUUAACAAUUCUAUGCAACCACACAUUUCAUGCAAGUUGCUUAGCCAAGUGGGGAGAUACCUCUUGUCCAGUUUGUAGAUAUGCUCAAACACCAGAAUCGCUUGCAGAUAGCUACUGUAUGGAGUGCAAUAGUGGAGAAAGCAAUGAUGCUCUGUGGAUCUGCUUAAUAUGUGGACAUAUAGGUUGCUCACGGUAUCAUCAAGGUCACGCUUUCCAGCAUUAUCGUGAGACGCACCACUGUUAUGCCAUGCAAUUAGGCCAAAAUAGAGUCUGGGAUUAUGUAGGAGAUAAUUUCGUUCAUAGAUUAUUACAAAACAAAGAUGGCAAAAUGGUUGAAGGUGGCCCUACAGCGACCAAGGCUGAAGGUACUGCAAUGGAAGAGAAAGUAGAUUCAGUACAGUUGGAGUUCACUUACCUUCUCACAUCACAAUUAGAAACUCAAAGACAGUAUUUCGAAGAGAGAUUGGGAAGAUUAGAGCAACACUCUGUUUUACAAAAUACGGAACUUAGAGAAAAAUUAGGUCAGGUAUCAGAAGAAAAUGCUAAAGUGAAGGAAGAGUUAGCAACUCUAAGUCGCGAAAAGCAGAGCGUAGAUAAACGACUGCAACAAGUUAGUAAUAAAUUAAUGGCGGUUCAAACGGAAUUAACCGAAGAAAAAGAAUUAAGGAAGGCGUUAGAGUUAAAUCAAGCCACUUGGCAAGACAAAUAUAAAACACUGCAAGAUGAAAUGACUGAAUGUCAAAGCGCAAAGAAAGCAGAAGUCGCGGAUCUAAAAGAACAGAUUCAGGAUUUAAUGUUCUAUCUUGAUGCUCAACAGAAAGUCGAAAAGUCGGAGCUGAGGGAAGAAAUUGCAUCAGGUCGUAUACUGAUCCCAGAGACAUCUGGUACUGCUAAAAAAAAUACUGGUCCUUUAAAGUCUCGUAAAAAACGUUGAUGUCACCAAUAUUCUAUGUAACAAUUACAAUUUAUGUCUUGUCUAGAAAUUACGUUGAUUCGUAUGUUUCAUGGUAUUAUUUUUGUUAAAAUUGAAAGUUCCUGUCGAGAUCGCCCGCAAGCAAUUUACAAAGAAAAAUUUUAAGGUUAACUUGCUGGUUUCUACUUUUAUAUGAUUGAAUUUGAAACGAAGCAACAAAAAAAAAAGUAAAAAUCAAUAAUAUACAGACCAGAAAAAUGUUUUGACUAAGAAAUUCAAGGUCUAAAGAAUCUUUUUAUUUUGUAAAGUUUUUAUAAUUGAGCAGUAUGCGAGGACAAUUUUUUAAUGUUUACUGUAUCUAAGAACAAAAAUAAUAUAUGAAACGGUACAUAUUACAUAUAAAUUGCGGUCUAUCGCAUAUGCGUGUAUAAACAUUGUGAAAUAAACAUUUCGAAUUUUUCUUUUUUAUACUAAAAAAUAAAUAAAUUAAAGAUAGGUUUGUGUUUUUCAUUUUUCACGAAACUGGUAUUUGAAUAAAACCUAAACAAGGUAUGUUUAAUUAACCUGUACCAAUAGUGAUUGUACGAUGUUUUAGAUAAAAACUAGUAACUCUGUUGCGAAAACAAUUAUUUGAAAUAAGUUUUACAUUUCAUCUUAUAAAUAUUGACAAAUUUUGUUUCGAAACAUAUAUAAUAAAAUUCUUAGACAGGUUAUCGCGAUAAGUCGAAAAUACAGAAUAGUACGUACAUAAUUCGAUUCCGUUCAUUGAAUAACUAUGUAAUGUAAAUGUGUACUUGAAUUUAAAUAAAUUUCUUUUACUUACAAAAA